GUUCCAUCCAAGCUAUUGCUUAUAUUGUAAAGAAAAAUUCUAUCCAGCAAAAAAUAUAUAAAUUCUCCCUUAUUCCACGAGAAUUUCCCAAAAAUACCCUUUGACACAUGGCACGUUUUUCUCGGUCCAAGUGUUUUGUGUUCAUAACCUAACAAUAAUCACAAGUGCGUCGGACUGCGUGGUUCCUGAUCGAGAUAAAUUAAAUUUUUGGCUGUUGAUAAAAUUCAAACAGCAGAAUGCCGCAGAACGAAUAUAUUGAGCGGCAUCGUAAGCUGUAUGGACGGAGACUUGAUUAUGAAGAACGCAAGAGAAAGAGGGAGGCCAGAGCCCCUCACAAACUAUCUGAAAAAGCUCGUAGUCUUAGAGGAAUAAAGGCCAAGAUAUUCAACAAGGAGCGCCGUAAUGAGAAGAUUCAGAUGAAAAAGAAAAUCAAGGCUCAUGAAGAAAGGAAUGUUAAGAAGAAGGCAGAACCAACUCCAGAGGGAGCUUUGCCAGUAUAUCUGCUUGAUCGAGAUGUCACAUCCAGAGCCAAAGUUUUGUCUAAUAUGAUAAAACAAAAAAGAAAAGAAAAGGCUGGCAAGUGGGAUGUACCAAUCCCCAAAGUCAGAGCACAAUCUGAUGCGGAAGUAUUCAGAGUACUCAAGAGUGGAAAAUCUAAGCGAAAAGCAUGGAAGAGGAUGGUUACAAAGGUCACUUUUGUGGGAGAAAAUUUCACAAGAAAACCUCCCAAAUUUGAAAGAUUUAUUAGACCAAUGGGAUUAAGAUUUAAAAAAGCUCAUGUCACACAUCCAGAACUUAAGGCAACUUUCUGUUUACCUAUCAUUGGAGUCAAGAGAAAUCCAAGUUCACCAAUGUACACUACAUUAGGUGUUAUUACUAAGGGUACAAUUAUUGAAGUUAACAUUUCUGAAUUAGGUUUAGUAACACAGUCUGGUAAAGUUGUUUGGGGUAAAUAUGCCCAAGUAACAAACAAUCCUGAAAAUGAUGGAUGUAUUAAUGCUGUAUUGUUAGUUUAAAAAAAAUGGCCUAUUAAAUUGCAUUGUAAUAUAUCAACUCUUUCAUGAAUUUUUCGUAAUAAAAUGAUAAUAAAAAUAUA